GGGGUUGCAUGAUGUCAAUGGCCUUGAAUCGAGGCGCAGGUGUCAAAACUUUCUAGGUUAUGUACAAUAAAUUCACAGAUUGUUUUUAAAAUCAAAAUGAGCAAAGAUAAAAAAGUCGAUCCAGGUUGGAAUGACCCGCCAAUGUUAAAUUAUACUACAUCAAAUCCGCCGCCAAAAUCCAGGAUUACAAACAAGAGGGUUGCUUUUCCAAUUGCUUCAAAUUCCUCUCAAGGAAGCCCGUUAAAUGUUAACGCACCGCCGCCAAUGGGCAGCGUUGUACCGCCACCGGUGGCUUUUGUGAAUAUAAAUAAAUUAAUUGAUGAAAACAGUGGCAACGAUACGGUCAAAAUGCAUUUGGAGUUAAUUAAAAAUAUGUGGCAACAGGGUCAGUUUACCGAUGAUGUGAAAGUAUUGAUAAGUGAUUUAGUUUUGAGUGUAUGUGAAAAAAACGCUGCCAAAGCCAAUGAAAUGCUUUUAAAGUUAUCUACGGGACACUCUGAUAUAAGUAACCAAUGGAUAGAGUCUAUAAAACAGUUAAUAAACAAUAUGUAAAAUAAAACAACAAUGUUAUAAGUUAUUUUUUUAUUAUUAUUAUUAUUUUUGUGCUUAAUAUUUUAUCUCAUGUUACAAUAUUAAUGUUGUGCCCGAUUCAUCUAAUAAAAGGUCAAACUUUUGAGCUGACAUUUGCAUUUAAAGCUUUAUUAAAUAGUAUUAACAAUUGUGAGCUAAAUCUAGUUGUAUAAUAAAUGUACAGUCAUAAAUUUAUUUUGGCUUUAUCUUAAUACCAUAAUAAACCAUUGUUUUAAAUGUAAAAACAAAAGUUCUAAAUAAAC